GACGUGCUGCAAGUCUCGGUGAUAAAAACUGUUGCAUCCUCUCUUGCUUUCAGAUCCUGUGGUAACCAGCUAACGGUAGCCCAAACACAAACACACCUAAGUGCUAAAAACACAUCCGCGUGAACAUGCCGAGCUUGCCACGAACCACAAAAGAACUGGACAAUAUGACCAAGGAAGAGAAGCCACCACAAUCUCAGAGGAAUGACAUCAAGUGGCGGCUUCAGUGCAAGCUCAUGAGAAGCCCAAUGUCAGAGAAACUUAAACCUGGGGAGAGCCUGCUCUGGUCACAAUCUCUAGAAACUCUUCUUAGAUCAAAAUCUGGUAAAACAACUUUCCAGGCCUUUCUCAAGUCUGAGUUCAGCGAUGAGAAUAUUGAAUUCUGGACGACCUGCGAGGAAUUCAAGAAAAUCAAGUGCAACUCUAGACUGAACUCCAGAGCCAAGAAGAUAUUUGAACGCUACGUUCGGGCCGAAGCUCCAAAAGAGAUCAAUAUUGACCACAAAACCAGGGAGCUGAUCAAACAGAAUGUCCAAACCCCAACGAGGUAUUGCUUUGAAGAGGCCCAGAAGAUCGUCUUUAGCCUAAUGGAAAAGGACUCGUACCCCAGGUUCCUCCGUUCUGACUUCUACAGAACCCUUCUGGAAUCAGUCUCAUAAGGAUCAAGUUGUGAAAGAUACGGCUUGGGAAAAGAGACCUGGAUAACCUGGUGGCUCAUCUUUAAGGACUAUAGCACAAGAGCUCAAUAAGGACAAAGGCAAGGGCUGGCCCUGACCCUGGGCUUGGACAUCUGGACUGAUCUGGAUUCUGGAUACACAGAACUCUGACAUUGGUCACUCCUGCAGCUGGAUUGACCUCUUCUACCUACAUCUGUUGCCCUACUGCCUUGCUCUUCUGCUACACUACAUAAAUGGAUGAGUAACAUGCCCCAAAAGCUAAACGAGCUGUCAUUGGAACUAUAAUGCGAAGUUCAUGAGCUACUUGGUAAUUUCUGUAAGAUGAGAAAAGUCCCCAUGGUUAGCUUUGUAUACCACUUCCACCGAUAAGAUGUUAUCAUAAGCUAGUUUAACACUGUGAAAUUUCAGCAGACUUUUGAGAUUAUUAUUUGUCUCACAGUACACAAUGAUGAAAGUCAUUUCUGGGCCAAAUUCUAUAACAGUCUACGCAAUUACUCAUGAUAAUGCAUGUGAGAUUCUAUGAUAAAAAGUACUAUUAUCAUGUUCUGCUUACAUCAUCAAUCAGCGUGAUCUGAGGUCAUGGAGAAAGUGACCCAGUUUUCCUGUUGGUGGAUUUUAGAUGAGCAUUGAGCAACGCUCACACUUUCGGACACUGACAGAAAUUUGUGGUCAAACAUGUUUGAUCACAAUGGAACUAAACUGUCCACCAGUGAGCACAUCAGCUUGUGUGUUGUAAGCCUGCUGAUUUUAACUCACAGUUGAAGAAUUCUUUAAUGAUUCCAAUUUUGUCCAUGACAGUAAAAUCAAGCGGAAAACCGUAAAGUGUAAACCCGGCUUUAAUUGCACAAUAAGCAGAUAACAUUUCAAAUGAGCAAUAUUUUUUUAUAUGUUUUAUAUGGCAGCAUAAUUGUGGUGAGAUAAUUAUUUCCUUUUUUACCAAACUGGAAGAGAAGCAUGGGCAGAGGUCUAGAUAAAAGUACUAGUAGUUCAUUGGACUAAGUUGCCUUUUUUUUUUUUUUUUUUUUUUUUUUUAAAGACAUGAGUACUGGAACUGAAAAUGUUUUUGGGCUCUUUUUAUAUAAAAAAAAAAAAGUCAGUUGAAAGGAGUUAUUUCUACUUGUACAUGUAAACAAGACAGGUUAAUCACAUUCACUAGCUCUCUUAUGGAGGUGAAGAAAUAACUUCUAUGUAAAUGGUGCAUAAGGUAUGAAUUUUAUAUACUGUAUAUAUGUAUAUGUUUUAAAACGUAUGACUUUUAUAUUAAAUUAUGGCUCCAUUGCGGAGACUUUUGUACUGGUUAAUGUUGGACUUUGAAGGGAUUUUAGGAUCUCCAGAGAGAAGAAUUGAAAGGACUUGUCUCCUAAGAAAAUGGCCUAAUUACAUCCAGUAACCCACUUAGACAGCUUAAGAAAUUCUUUAGUGUAAAAGCUCUGACUUUUAUGUACUGUUUUAUGUACUAUAUUUGUUCAUGGUUUUAAAUUAUGAUUUCAUUAUGGACAUUUAUUUGGGUAUUUCACUGGUUGAAAUUCCCCAGUAUAUAUCUGUGGAGACUUCUCUAACUCUUACUAAGACAUAAUGAAUAAAUGCAAAACUUACAAGAA